GCAAACUUGACGAUAUCAAAGCGUAGUUUAGCCUCAAGGGUGUGAAGUGCUGUUGUAGUUGCACCGUAGAUUAGCAUACUCUGUUAGGAUUAAACUUAGUAUUGGGUUUUAGAUGUAUUUACUGUUUUUCUCCGUUUGCUGUUUCUCGCACCAUUUGUAAAUUUCAUGUAAAUCAAAUAAUUACAGCUACUUAUAAGCUGUAAUUCUGCCAACCUAAUGUUUAAUCACCAGAAUACCAUUUUUAUUAAUUGGUCGCCUAUCCCUGUAAUUUCGUUAGAUGUACCAGUUGCUUCUGUCGCAUCGCCACGCGCCUCUCAGUUGGCUUUGUUUCCACUGCCACAGUUACUAACUCAACCGAAAAGCGCAAAUGGAUCUGAGAAGAGCAAUGGAAGCGCGGGACAUCGGCGCACUAAGCCAAAUGCAACAGGAGCAGCUUGGCAAAUUCAAGAUUGAUACAAGAAUUGACAAUGAGAAAUAUCUGCGCUCUCAUCCUGAAGUGGAGAUUUUAUUGGAGGAAUUUCUCAGAGAGGUAUUUAUGAAGAGACCCGAAGAUAUUCGGGAGUUUGCAGCAGUACAUUUCACAGACCCAGACCUGCCAGAAAGAAUUAAGAGGGAAAUGGAAGAAAGAAAAGCAUGAAACUUUUUCACAUAUCUGGAGUUGAGCACAGUGGAGACAGAAUUGCUGACUCUCUAGCCCUGCAAGCAAAGAGAUACUUUAAGCAUUAAUUUGUAAAUAUUGUAAAUAGGCUCUAAUGCUCAGUCACAAUUGUACAAUAGUUAGGAUGCAUAUAAACUAAUGUAAAAUCUUAAAAAAAAAAAAAUGUUCAACCAAAAAUGUAAGUCUUCCACACUUUGAGCAUGGUAUAAAUGAUAGAUUUAACUAUCAAUGACAGCUAAUGAAAAUCUUAAAAGACAAUUGUUUCUAAAGUAAUAGGACUAACACAGGAGCUCUCCUCCAUAGUCUUCUAUGAGAAUACAUAUCUCUUUGUUCUGUCCCCAAUGCUCCAGAAGUGAAGACUUAAUUUUUACAUUUUAUUUUAUGUACUGCACUUCCUGUUUAUAAGCUGAAUUUUUUUCAGUUCUACAGACAAAGUUGAGUGAUCUAUUUGUUUCUUAGGGGUCCUUUUGCAUCUUUUACUCUAUGCUGUUUUGUUGUUGUUCUUGGUACCACCCAGAGAGUUAUUUAUAAGAGUGUCCUUUACUAUUAUUCUUAAGAUUGUAGAUAGAAGAAAACAGGCAUUCACAUCACACAGAUUAGUUUGCCAAAAUAUAUUGUGCACAUUUACUUGGAAGGUCAUGUAGCCAAACGGAUCUCUAGAUAUUUAGACACGUUAAGACUUAAGAAUAAAAUGUAAUGUAACAUGUUAAACUGCUAAAGGAGUGAGGAGAAUGCAAAGAGUUGAGUCAUGAGUAAUCCUCAUAAAUUGUUGUAUAUAAGCAGAGUUGAUUA